GUUUGAGGAGCAGGCAAUCUGAUAAACAGAAGCAUCAGUUGAGUGAUUGCCCAAACCAAUAAUAUCCUGCUACCACUGCUGAGCUGAACCAAGCAAUGGGCAGAGGCCGAGGCAGAGGAAGGAAGGUGACCAUUGGCAGGAGCCAUGAAGAGAAAGGGAGCAGCGGCGAAGAGGUGGUGCCUGUGAGGAAGAGGAGGGGCAGGCCGCAGAAGCACAAGAUCGAGGUAGUAGAUGUCGAGAAUUUCGUGGAAGAUGUGGACGGCGGCGAAAACGAAGACGCCAAGCCGAAGAAGAACAUGGUUGGAGCUGCCGGUGUGAAGAGAGGCAGGCCACUGAAGGAGAGCCCCAACACUGUCCUAGUAGAAGAGAACAGCAACUCUAGCGUUCGGUCGAGCAGCGAUGAGUCGGCCAGGACCAAUGGGUUCAGGCAGAUCGGGAACCGCAGGAAGAGCACGCCCCGGAGAGCAGCGGAAGCGGGCGUGGAAUGCAAUUGAGCGGCACUGCCAAUCUGCCCUGCCGUCGAUCUCAUGCAAUUUUCGGUACCAGGUAG